AUGCUAUUGGUCACAUUUUCCGUUGUGGUGAUUGCAACGGCCUUGGCUCGAGUAGGAUCUGCACAAGCUUUCAAUUCCAGGUGGUUCAAUCCCAUCUUACCUGGUUUCCAUCCUGAUCCGAGCUGCAUAUUCCAUCAGCUUGACGAGACAUUCUACUGUGCUUCGAGUAGCUUCAAUGUAUUCCCUGGUAUUCCGAUCCAUGCUAGCAAGGAUUUGACGAACUGGAGACUUGUAGGGCAUGCUUUGAACCGGGAGAGUCAACUGCCUGUCCUUGCAGAAUCUAUUGGGUCGACGAGUGGCAUCUGGGCGCCUGCAUUGCGCUUCCACAAUGACACAUUCUAUCUCUUGACUACGAUGGUGCAUGACAAGAGGGCUGACAACGACUCUUCGAGGUGGGAUAACAUCAUCUUCUCGACGACAGACUUGUGGGAUGAGAGCAAGUGGACUGAUGCUGUACACCUUGACUUUGAGGGUUACGAUAUCAGCCCGCACUGGGAUGACGAGGGCAACUCGUAUGUUGUUGGAAGUCAUGCAUGGAAAGUAGCCCACGGUAUUCACAUCAAUCGUGUCGAUCUCACAACGGGUGAGCUACUCGGUGAUUGGACCAACCUGUGGAACGGUACUGGUGGUAUUGCACCGGAAGGACCACAUAUCUUCAAGAAAGACGGCUGGUACUAUCUGAUGAUAGCAGAAGGUGGGACCGGCCUGCUUCACAUGGAAACGAUAGCACGAUCAAAAGAUCUUUAUGGACCGUAUGAACCGAAUACCGCAAAUCCAAUCUUGACCAACACAAACACCACUGAAUACUUCCAAGCUGUAGGCCAUGCCGACCUCUUUCAGGAUGCAACAGGUCAAUGGUGGGGCGUAGCGUUAGCUGUCCGCUCUGGCCCGGAAUGGGUAACCUUCCCUAUGGGCCGAGAAACCGUCCUGUACAACGUUACAUGGGAAGCCGGCUCAUGGCCUGAACUGCAACAUCCAGUCCGGGGCGAGAUGCGAGGAUGGUCACUCCCUGGCAUCAUCCAAAACCUACCAGGUGACGGCCCCUUUGUAGAUGAAGGCGACAACAACAUCAAGUUCCGACCAAACACCUCGAUUCCACCCCACUUCGUCUACUGGCGCCCACCUAUCGCAGAAAACUACGCCAUUUCCCCACCCAGCCAUAUCAACAGCUUGCGUCUCAAGCCCUCGAGUCUGAAUCUUACAGGCAUUGAUGGAAACUCACCCGGUCCCGGCGGUCAAACAUUCAUAUCCCGGCGUCAAGUCGACACACUGUUCAAUUUCGCUUUCGACCUAGAUUACACCCCUAGUGCCCAUGACGAAGAAGCGGGAAUAACACUUUUCUUGACGCAGAACCACCACGCACGAAUGGGCGUCACAAUGCUCCCUCUAGCCAACGACAGCAGUAAACUAGCACCACACUUCCACUUCCAUGCUAUAUCCUACAUUCCCGUUCCUGACGACACAGUCGUCCCUGUGUACGCCUCCUGGCUUAACAAACCGCUCACGCUGAGUCUGAGAGCGGUGAACGUCACACACUAUGCUUUUGGUGCCGGACCCGCUGACGGCAGCGUACCUAUCCAGGACUUUGCAUACGUAGGCGGUGAUAUCAUCUCCUGGGGCUUCACGGGUGCGCUGGUGGGGGCAUAUGCGACGAGUAAUGGGGGAAAUGGGACGUCGGAGGCGUAUGUUACGAAUUGGAAUUAUCAAGGCUGGGGGCAGGUUAGGGAGAAUUGGAAUGGAACCGGAAUCUACUGA